CGAUUCUAUGGCUCUCAGUAGUACUUGUUUUUAACUCUAUCUAAGCAUAACGAGCGGAUAUAUAAUUUUUUUUUUAAAUACUUAAAAAUAAAAAAAAAUAGUGAAGAUAGUUGCGACUACGGCGAAAGGGAGUGGCGGUACUCAAUAAACAAGAAAAAAAAAAACAUUUAAUACUACAUGAUAAUUUACUAUGGAUUCACCCACAUCAUAUUCACACAACAAUCUAAAUAGAAAUCCUCUAGAAGCCGCCACUUUACUGUCCCCAACAUCGGGUCCGAGUGUAGUGCGGCGUCCAGUAGCUGCUGCUGUAGCCACGGCUGGAGUUCAAAGGAGACGUGUGAUAAAGAAGCAUAUCCAACAGAAGUAUAUGUUAUGUGGUUUCGCAAUACAUGCAUUUCUAGCUACUCCUGCCUAUUUGUAUGGUAAUGUGGUCGAAUCAGAUAAAGACUUAGUGCUACGCAUCUGGCCGGCUAUUGUAUAUCAAGCUACGGGUCAAUUAUGCCGAAGUAUACUCGAACAUUUGGAUACAGAAUAUCAUGGUAGAACAAGAGAAACAGUUAAAUAUCGUCGAGUCUUUCUGUUGGCCACCUUAAUUAUCUGCUGUUCCCUAAUGGUAAGCGGUAUAUUCUUUUCCUCAGCCUGGGUAAAAGUUUCCACAACCACUCAAGCUAUAGCCAUAGUAUUUUAUGGAGUUUUUGCAGGUAUUGGUGCUAGUUUAUUUGUUUGGAAAACACAUGUCAUCCUAGAAGCAGUACGUCCGCGAGAAGAUAAAUUCGUACGCAAAACCAUAUUUUUAUGUGGCGAAGCCUUUUGUCAAUUAUUUCUAUCGUUUGCCUUUACAAAUUUACGCACCCUUUACGGCACAGCCCAGUCUAUAGUCUUAAUGUCUGCUUUAUUAGUGAAUCUCAUACCGAUAAGUUUAAUUAUAACACGUCACCGUGAGGGUGCCAUAACUCAGCGUGUAUCUGUGAUAAAGGCAGAGACAGCAUUUACCCCACUGCAUCAUCAAUUGGGUCGAUACUCGAAUGUUUUUAACGAUCAAAUGGAUGGCAUAGAAUUGCGCACUUGGAAAAAUCCCAUUAUGGAACAUCAUCCCAAUGUGGCGGCUUUAGCUUUGGCGGAUAGUGGCCACUAUAUGUUACCCACUGAUCAGGUGGAUGUAACCUUCAUAAAUCCAAAUGGUGUGGAAAUUAUGGAAAUUAUUCCCGAAGAAGAUGAAAAUGUUUCUGUUCUACGUUCCAGUUCUGCUACUAUAGAGAAUUAUGGUCGAAACAGUGUAAGUGCUUCCCAGACUAUGCAAAAAUCCAUUUCGAAUGGAUUGCAAAUGAGUCGUGAAGGUGUAGUGGAUUCGGGUUAUAGUAAUUUGGAUAAAUUUCAACAAUUUUCGCGUAAUGUCACUACAAGUUUAUGGGGUAAUCUUUUGGAUAAAAUUGCUCAUCCUUUACAAGCGGCUUUGGUGGUGCCUCAACUAUAUUCUACCACUUUUUUCCUAUCGGCUGAUAUUUUUUCAUAUGUCAUGUGUUUGACUGUUUUACCGGGUUUGGCCGUCAGUCAUCAUGCUAUUAAAAAUGCUGAAAUCCCAUUUUUAUUCUCUUUAUUGGCAUUUCCUUGGAUGUGUUUUUCUCUGAUGACUCCGCGCUUUGGUAAUAGUUUAUAUAAACAUAAAUUUAAAUGGCACACUCUGGGCUGUAUCUCGAAAGGAUUUGCGUUGAUAUUUAUUAGCUUUUCAACCUCUAAACUUUUACUAAGUGUCUCGGCUGCCCUUUUAGGCUUUGGCCAAUCGGUAACCCUCUUCCUUCACGACUGGGUCUUUCAGAUGAGUAUGACACGAUCUCAAUGGUCGGCUAUACGUUAUCCUGUACAUUUUACCAAUGGCUUGCUAAUACUUGUAUGGGGAACCCUGGCCCAUUGGGUAGUGGUGAAUUUUUCUUUUCAAGCCAGUGUGGGUCUAGCGGCGGCCCUCUAUGCUAGCAGUAUUAUUUUAUGGAAUUUAAUAUAUUUAUGUUUUAAUUGUAAAAAAUAAAAAAAGGUUAUUUUAAGUUAGUAAAAAACAAAAGAAAAUUUGAGACGAACAAAUAUAAAUUUGUUUUUA